AAGCAAAGCUGAAAAUCAUGUUGUUUCUGGUUGGUUUGGUUCGGUUUAAUUCAAUGCUGGCCAAUUUUAAAAGGUUGAUUGGUAUCUUCCAAAGACAAACACGUACAUUCAAUCGAAAUGGGGACGUCAAAGGAAACUUUAAACCAUUGUCCAAUUUGUUUUCUUCUACGAACCAUUUUUCCAACUUCUUAAAAUAAAUACAGAAUUAUUAAUUUCGUUUUCAAUAAUCGUUCUUUAUUUCUCCACUUUCACAACUUAGACCAGCUGUUAUUGUUUUGCUUUGGUGAUCAAAAUGCAUGCAUAUAAGUACAUUGUUUAUUUCUCUGCCUAUGUAUAUAUUAUAGUAAUGAAGGUACUCCACAUGGGAAGAGGAGGAAAAGGCAUAAUGGGAAGAAAAUAGAAAUUAGGUUUUUCAUUGACUUGGGCGUUUCCAAUACUUUUAGCAAUAAAUAUAUGUCUCACUCUUUGAUAAUUAUAGAACCAGAAAACACUUUUCUUUCUCUUCUUCCCUCUUCAAAAUACAAAACAAAGAUCCCUCAAGAAUAACACAUAGAUUAGCUAAGGACCAGUUGAGAGAUCAGGGAGAGAUGGGGAGGGCUCCAUGUUGUGACAAAGCAAAUGUGAAGAGAGGUCCAUGGUCUCCUGAUGAAGAUGCAACGCUUAAAGAUUACAUAGAGAAACAAGGCACUGGUGGCAAUUGGAUUGCUCUCCCUCAGAAAGCAGGUUUAAGGAGAUGUGGGAAGAGUUGCAGACUGAGAUGGUUGAACUAUUUGAGACCCAACUUAAGACAUGGAGAUUUCACUGAGGAAGAAGACAAGAUCAUCUGCAGCCUCUUUGCCUCCAUUGGAAGCAGGUGGUCAGUGAUAGCAGCUCACUUGCAUGGUAGAACUGAUAAUGACAUCAAGAACUAUUGGAACACUAAGCUCAAGAAGAAGAUCAUUGCCACUAUGGCUCUUCCACCACCUCAUCACCUCCUAGCCAUUGCUUCAUCAUCAUCAUCACCAUCAUCUUCGUCACAAUACAACAUGAUCAAUAGUUUUCCUUAUUAUAACCCUUCAGCAUGUACAAACGAGCUGAUCACACCUAAUCAGGGGAUGAUGACAAUGAUGGACCAACAACAACACCUAUUAUAUCAAGAAGACAUGGGCAAUUUGGGGAACUCUCCAAGUAGCAACAAACUCAUAAUGAGCCAUCAAGAAGACAGCCCGAAGCAAAGUGCAAGCAAGGGAAUAAUGUUGUUGAGUGAUGUAAGAAGUGGGUCAUCAAGUACAACAAGUACAGUAGCAAGAGUAAAGAGUAAACAUCAUGAUUAUCAUCAUGAAGAGGAGGUCAGAUCAAUGGAAGAUUAUGGAAUGGAUGAGAUCAAGCAAUUGAUAAGUAGUAAUUGUACGAGUAGUAGUAGCAAUAGCUUGUGGUUUGAUGAAAACAAGACAGAGGAUAAGUUCAUGAUGUACUAUUGAUAUCUCUCACCAACUUUGUUUCAGUCUUCUUAUCCUCUCUUUUUUCUCCACUACAAAAUAGUUAUUACCAACUUACUUUUUAAGAGGAGUUUAAACAUUUUAUUCAUUAUCUCAAUGUAACAUAUUUUCUGUUGAUCACAUCAAUUUCUAAAUGUUUCAUGUUAAA